GAGUUCUUCAUUGCGUUUCACAAUCAGGUGCUCUUCAGUCGCUUGAAGCUUGUGAUUCCUACAGGAUACAGAAUGUCAGACGUCAGCAAGACUGAAAAGUUCCAGUUAUAUGUCCCGAUUUUGGAGGAAUUAUGUGACGUGUUGCAGAGAGGGCUGAAGAACAAUUUUGCUGACGCGCAAGUUUGUGUUGUCGACUGUCCAGACCUCACUCAAGAUCCGUUUAAGUUUCCCGUCAAGGGGUUGUGUGGAAAACCUCGCAUUACAGAUGUGGGGGGAGUGCCCUAUUUGGUCCCCCUGGUCAAAGUGGACAAGGAGUACAACAUGAACACUGUGUCAAAGGAAUUGGAGCUACCUGGAGCAUUCAUUCUUGGUGCAGGAGCUGUAUCCUCCAAAAAUGUUGGAAUGAAUGCAGAGAUGAUGCCUCUGGUGCUCACUGAAGCUGAGGGAAGGCCUGCAGUGAAUAGCAGCUGGUUUUCCUCCAUAAAUCCAGAUAAUAACCAGUGUCUUUUGGAGAAAUACAGCGAUAAGUUCUCAGACUGUGACUUUGGACUGCUGGCGAACUUGUAUGCAUGUGAGGGGAAGCCUGGAAAGGUCAUAGAGGUGAGAGCCAAAAGGAGAAUAGGAGAAGAGAGCCUUGUGGGUGCUCUGAGGAAGACCAUGGAGGAGCACUACCCCGAUAAAAGCCUGGCUCUGGGGGGCACCUUCCUCAUCCAGAAAGGGAAGGCCAAGAUCCAUAUCAUGCCAAGGGAGUUCUCAGCCUGCCCACUCAACUCCAACGAUGAUGUUAACAAAUGGCUGAAACAUUUUGAGGUCAGCGCACCACUGAUAUGCCAGUCUGUGAUGGUCUCCAGAGACCCCGGUUUGGACCUCCGUGUGGAGCACACUCACUGCUUCAGCCACCAUGGAGAGGGUGGUCACUACUACAUAGACACCACUCCUGACACUGUGGAAUACCUGGGUUACUUCAUGCCUGCCGAGUUCGUCUACCGCAUCGACCGACCCAGUGAGACCCACGAAGUCGGGCGAGACUGAAACAUGACACAACUUAAGUCAAAUUAAUGUUAGAAAAAUCUUACCUUUUUGAUGUUGAUUUAUCUAACUGAAUCAAGGAUUGAUGAUCAACAUUCUAUUUUACUUUAUGCAUUUUUCAAAAGGCCUUUGAUUUGACGAUUUUAUAACAAAGACCACAUUUGUUUUAGUCAAGACGAUAUUGUGCGAUUUAAAGCUAAACGUUUUCAACAAUAACUUAAACAUUUCAUUAAUUGUUUGAUAGAAAUGCAUUUGAUUCAAAUAAUUGUAACAUUUCAUUAUGUUGUACUUUAGCGAAUAAACUACCUGUCAGUGACAUGUGUAAAAAAUAAAUAUUUCAUUAUUAUUUCUAGAUCAGUCAGUCACAAUUUACUCAUGAUACUUUGUUUUGAUCUUCUUUAGUCACGGCCACUGACAUGACAUGCGUGUUUCUACCUUAUACUGCCAGGUAAUGGAAUGCCGAAAGGAAGGUAGAAAGCUUCGCUGCCUUUCAUGGUUGUCACUAGUUAAGAAAAGUCAAAAGUGGCUAUAUCAUAAAUAUUCAUGAACAUUUCUUAAAUUAAGGUUAGCAGUGUGAUUAAGGUUAGGUUAAAAAAAAUCUGAUUUUAAGCCAUAAUUAGGACUUUGUGGUUGUGGAAACUAGUGAUGACUGCCUUUCAUGUGUCAAUGGCUGUGUUCGAGAGCAUCAAAACUGUGAUUGUAUCAUGGGUAAAUUGUGACUGACUGACUGAUCUUCAAAUAAUAAUGAGUAUUAUUUAUGAUACAAGAUCUGUAGAUCCGUCAGUCGCCUGCCAUAUUUUUGAUGCUCCCGAACUUGGCCAAUAUGUUCCAUUCAUUUUCAUUGCACUCAUAACAAAUGCUUGUGUAUUGCUGUGAAAAAGUUCUGGGAUUGGCAGAGCUCGCUCCUGUCUGUGGAUGUCACACAUCAUCUCCCGCCUUUUGGAGGUUAUGUCUGUUUUACUGCUAGCUAAAGAAACUCAGCUGAUCAGGAUGGCUAACAUAUUGUAUCUGAAACAGUUUUCAAAGUUGGAUUUUUUCUAGCGAGCUAGGGGGUGAUACAGGGUAGAAGCCCAACACCUGAGCUUUGGGACCAAAUACAAUGCCAAAAAAAGAUGCAACAUGGUUUCUGGGUGGUCAUUACAAAAGGAACCAUUUGAGUUUUUUUCCUUAAACUUCUCCAUAUAGUAGUUGGCAGGAUAAUAUUUAUGAAUAAUUUUAAAGGAAACUUCCUUAACUUUGUUAACAAGUAGGCAUGUGUGUGGCAACAUCCAAACUGUUUUCUAACAGAUAUGAUCAAUAUAUCCACUCCAAUAAGGCAUGACAUAAGGUACACACAACAUCCUGCUGAAACAAGGUUCGUAUCGCUCUGUUGUUGAAUGGACCAAAAUAGAAACAAAUCUUUCCUACUGAUGAGUCAACAAGGUCAACAGAAGGUAGGCUCUGAGGGUCAGGUCUUGACACAUUCCUGAAUAACAUAGCAAAACCUGAGGGAAUGGCAUCUAAAACAAUUGCAAAAUCCUUAGGUGUUACAGGGACCUUGUAAAGUGAUAAGAAUUCCUUAUAACUAAGUAAAAGACCCUUUGCUCACCAAUAGGAUAUUAUUUCGGAACCAAUAUUCUAAAAACAAAGUAGUAUUUUUAUACAAUACAGAUGGACAAUGGCUAAUGUAGUGAUCAUUUCCUGUACUCUGAGGGGUUCUAAUGAGCCAAAUAAACAAAUGAAAUGCCUUGA